AUGGCGACCUUGACAAGACUCCCACAGUGUAUCGCAUGUGUGCUCACUUAUUUGGUGGGACUUGGAGUCCUAGCUGUUGUAGCUAUAAUCUUGAAGAGGACUGCUGAAGACAACCAAGAUGAAUACUCAUCAGAGACUGUGAAGACUGUGAAGGAGAACUUCUACGUAGAUGACUGUCUGGUAUCUGUUGCUAGAGAAUGUGAAGCAGUCAAGCUUGCUGAUGAACUUCGGUCUCUUCUAGCUAAAGGAGGAUUUAGACUAAGCAAGUGGGUUAGCAACAGCCCAAAAGUGAUGGAGACUAUCCCACUCAAAGAUAGAGCCAAGAAGAUUGCUGGUUUGGAUCUAUCUAUGGAUGCACUACCAGUCGAGAGAGCCUUGGGUAUUUGCUGGGAUGUGGAACAAGACUGUUUCAUGUAUAACGUCAUACCUAAGGACAAGCCCAUGACGAGACGGGGAGUUUUGAGUACCAUUGCAACAAUGUAUGAUCCACACGGAUAUGCUGCUCCCUAUGUGAUGAAAGCCAAGAUGUUGUUACAAGAGAUGACAGCAAUGAAGCUCGAGUGGGAUGAUCCAUUACCUACUCAUUUGUGUCAGAAGUGGCAAGACUGGCUGGAUGACAUGAAAUACAUGGAAGAAUUCACUGUGAAUAGAUGUCUAAAGCCACAUGACUUCGGUGAGGUAUCUGAUCGUCAGCUACAUCAUUUCUCAGAUGCUUCUGAGAAAGGCUAUGGUGCAGUGUCCUACAUGAGACUGACAAACACUGACGGGAAGGUGUAUAGCAGUAUUGUGAUAGCUAAAUCACAUGUGACGCCCUUGAAGAAGAUCACUGUGCCAAGACUAGAACUGAUGGCAGCCACACUAUCUGUUAAGCUAGAUGCUCUGAUUCGCAGACAGUUGGACUUGUCCAUUAGUGAAUCUCAUUUUUGGACAGAUAGUACGAUAGUGCUCAACUACGUGAGGAAUGAGGAGAAACGAUACAAGACGUUUGUUGCCAAUAGAGUUGCUGCUAUCCACGAGGGGUCGAAUUCAGAUCAAUGGAGUCAUGUAGACUCAACAGCAAUCCGGCAGAUGAACUGUCCAGAGGAAUCAGCAAUGGAGUUGAUUCAGAAUACAAGGUGGACUGAAGACCAAGCUUCAUUAAGCAAUCAGAAGACAACUGGCCACGAGACCCAACAGUGA